CGCGCGAAAACCGACCAACGCUUGUUUAGAUGUAGAUCAGCUGGGACAAUAACAACAAUAACGGCUGAUAUCGGGCUCGGGUGGACACUUUCAUGAGAGAACCGCAGCCCUGUUUUGUCUGACUGCUUCCUGCAGUGCCCCAACAAAACGAGGGGACUGAAGAACUGCGGCUAAUGACUAAAGCUAACAUGCUAAUCUGCCCUACAUUUCCACACUCAACUUAGUAACUGUCAUAAGGUCUUUGUUAGCCAGACGUUUUCAUAAAUACCCAAUCAAUGAUGCUUUUGAGUCACGGCGAUGCCGUUCGACUUCUCUGUAUUUUGCUUUGUUAGCUAACUUUGAAAAGCUGAUUUAAAGUUUCCGUAGCUUAACCGUUGUCCCAGUUUCGGAUGUUUGGUGAUUGUGGUAGUUUUACAGCUGGGAACGGCUCGUUCCGCGCCUCCUUCGAGAACUUGUCCGAGGCUUUGUUGUUGAGCCAUGAGUUAGCCUGCUAGCCGUGUCGGUAGCUGUGUGUUCAGGCCGCGGCCGAACUCUGCUGACAGGAGGCACGAAAACAAAAGAUUUGCUCGCUCCGUCGCUGGCGUCCUUAUGUUUAGCGUUUAUUCAGACCCGCGGCAGGGUCUCGCGACCCUGUUUUAGGUGCUAAUCCCGCGUUAGACCCUCAUGGCGUAGAGAUAUUAUGCAAUUUAGCAAUGAUCUGUCAUUUUCCUGUUUGGCAGAACAUCCAGUUUCUCCGUUCGGUCUGAAGUUGAUUUGGCAAGUUCUGUUUAUUUAUCACUCUUUGAGUUAAACUGUAAUAAAUGUUUGUCUGUGAGGGAAACAACUUGUUCCAAUUUGGGACGUUUGAGCAUUUUUUACUCCUGCUCCACGAAUUUACAGAGAACUACAAAUGUCAGCAGGUGCUGAUGUGCUUUUAGAGUACACCAUCUUAGCCUGUGACCCCUCCCAGCACACCCACAGACUAGUGAAGGAGCACUUGGUGACCCAGUGCAAUGUCAGAGACUCUGAUAACAGGGCAGACAUCGGAGGAUCUGUUGGUUGACUUUGAGACCUUGCUGAACUCUGGGAGUAUAAAACUGGGCGAGGACCAUCAGGUAGUCAUCAUCACCAGCCCCAGCAAUGAGGGACUCCACCCUGUUGCAGCCCCAACCAGCACAGGGGAAAUCCUGCUGUUCGCCACGCCACAGGGGCCCGCUGACGUGGGGGCCCAGGACAAGAGGCGGCCAGCUCUGGGAAGACCUCCGGUAAAGAGGAAGUUGGACCUGGAUAGUGACCAUCAGUACAUCAGCACCACCCAACCUCCCACGGGUCAAGCUCCGCCUUCUACGCCUGCUCCUCCCAGAGUUCCUCGAAACGCAUCAGAGAAGUCGCGUUACGACACGUCCUUAAACCUGACCACCAAGCGCUUUCUGAACCUGCUAUCUCAGUCGGCCGACGGCGUGGUGGAUCUGAACUGGGCUUCGCAGGUUCUGGACGUCCAGAAACGGCGCAUCUAUGACAUCACAAACGUCCUGGAGGGAAUCCAGCUCAUCUCCAAGAAGUCCAAGAACAACAUCCAGUGGCUCGGCAAUCGGAUCGACGCCAACCUGGUUUCCCGGCACAAACGGCUGCAGGGGGAGGUGUGUGACCUUACGGAGGCCGAGGAGCAGCUGGAUGAGCUCAUUUCCAAAUGCACCCUGCAGCUCAGGCUGCUCACAGAGGACCCACAGAACAAGAAGCUGGGUUACGUGCGCUGCCAGGACCUGAGGAAAUCGUUCGACUCGCCGGACCAGCUGGUCAUGGUGAUCCGAGCUCCACCAGAAACCCAGAUGCAAGUUUCAGAACCCAGCCAGGGUUACGAGGUGUCGCUCAAGAGCACGCAGGGCCCGAUUGACGUCUUCCUCUGUCCAGAGGACAGCUCUGGCGUCUGCAGCCCUGUGACAGGAAGCAGUCCCUUGAAAACCAACCCAGAGUCAUCCCGAGUGCCGUCUCCAUCGCACACCGCAGAGCAGUCCAGAACGUGCACAACAGCCCAAGAUGUGGUGGCGUCAUCGCCGGCUUCCACUUCGUCCACAGUAACGGCUACAUCCCAGCAGGAAGCUUCAUCGCUGGGCGUAGGUGGCGACACGGAAUUUCUCCUUGGUGGAGACCCGUUCUCCCUCGGAGACAUCGGGGACUUUGAUCUCUCGCCCCUCUCAUCCUCGGACCUCCUGAACGGAGAGGGUCUUCCUCUUCCGUUGGACAGUUUCAUCAACCUGUCCCCCCCUCACAGCCACGAUUACCACUUCGGACUGGAGGACAACGAAGGAAUCAGUGAACUGUUUGACUGUGACUUUGGCGACUUGUCGCACGUUUUGGGGGAUAGUUGAAACGAAACACCAAGGAGGAAGUGCUUGUGCACAGGUCAUUUUGUGUUUCCACAAGAAGCUGACUGCAUUUCAUGGUUUCGUCGGACAGACGAGCUUAAUGAUUUUACCGUGGGCUUUUGGGAAAUUAUCCCUCGAAUACCCCCGAUUACGAAAUCUCCAUUUCCUUUAAUUGUACAUAACUUAUCAGCACUAGGUGGCUGUUUAAAAAAUUAGACAGACGUCAUUCAGCUUUAGUAUAGCUAUUUAAAUUAUUUAUAUAAAAUUUAUUUUGAGGUUUUGUACCAAUCCUGUUGUUUGGAUAGUGGAGGUGUUUGUGUGCAUGUGUGUGGCAUCGCAACCUUUUGGGUUGGUUUCCUUAACACUGAUUUAAUACUCCCAAAAGUUCUGUCGGUUUAUGCAGAGGAGAAACAUGUUGGAGCAGUUUCACACCCUUCUUAAAUAUUUUCCCAUCAGCAAAAAAAAAAAAAGAAAGCUUGUAAAAAGCAAAAAUAAUCACUGGAAUCCUGAAAAACUGGAGGAAUUUUGUUGUUUUGAAUUUGGCAUAAAAGGCCCAGGUUCAAGUCAAACGCCUAUAGGCUGUUUUUUAAUCAUCCAGUAAUUAGUAAGUAAAAGUAAAAUGCUGUAAAGUAAAAGUAUUUAUACUUUAGAUGCUUAAAAUCUCUUUUUUUUUUUUAUUAGGAUUCCUCCGCGUGGUUAAUGUGAAGUAAAAUCUGAAGUGUGUUUUUUUCUUUUAUCAGUGUGUGGGAAACCAGUAUGGUGUGUAUUUGAGAACAUCCUCAGGUCUUGGAGAAACUUUCUCAGACAUCGGAUCAAACUGCAUCAGACCUCAGAAAAUGGAGGAGAAAAAAAAGCAUCAGGGUUCAUUUAAAACCCCCGAUGCUUGAUUAAACGAUGUCGGGGGGGAAAAGCUCUCAAGGAAAACCGCAUUCAGACGAAAUAUCGCCAGAGGAAAUUAUCCUGCUGUCGGGUGAAGCAGACUUUGUAGAGAUGCCGUUAAGCAAAACAGACUUCGGAAAAACGCUGCCAGCCUAUACUGACUUCGGAAAAAUAUCGUCAGAUGAGUCGGAUGCUGGAAAAACGUUGUCGGACACAACAGACUUAGGAAAAAUUUCAUCAGAUGAAAAGGACCGCCUCCGUAAAGCAUCCUGCAGGUGGCAGCAAAUUUUUUUCUUCUUCAUUUAAAUGGCUGCGUUUGCUACCAAACAUCACAACAGGCAGUGGAAACGAACAAGAACAGAGGAAAAGAAAAGUCGCGGCCAAAUUGUUUACUAAGCGCGGACGUCAGUUUCAGGUUCCUGAUACUUAUCAUUGUGUCACUUCCACGACCUUCCCGCAACUUGAUACAUCUGUAGCAAACGUACAGGGAGAAGUAAUUAAAACGACUGUAGUUUAGCUAGAAACUUGCGUUCUGCCAUUGUGGCACAUUGAUGCCUUGUUUCAACAAUUUGGCUGUGAACUGACAAUGGCGCCACCUGCAGGAUGUUUUUGUUUAAGUCACUUCUACGUCUGUUUAUUUGGCUGCUUUUCUCUUGAGUCUGUUUUGUCGUACGCAAUUUUCCUGAGUCAGUAAUUUUUUUAAAAUUCUUUUAGUCUGACAGCUUUUGUCCUGAGCCUUUUUCACUUGAACUCUGGAGUAAGAUUCUCCUGAGACUCGUGUGGCGGCGGUGGUUUGCCCAAGUCAGACUAUUCUAAUGGCCUUUCUCCUGAGUAAUUUUUGACUGAGGACAUUUCUCUUUUUUUGUUGGAUGGUGUUUUUGCUUGAUUGAUGACUGUUUUCCUCAGUUUGUUUUGUCAGACAAUGUUUUGUCUGAUGACAGUUUUCCAGAGUCCGUUUUGUCGGAAAAUGUUUUGUCUGAUGACAGCUUUCCUGAGUCCGUUUUGUCGGACAAUGUUUUGUCUGAUGACAGCUUUCCUGAGUCCGUUUUGUCGGACAAUAUUUUGUCUGAUGACUGUUUUCCUGAGUCCGUUUUGUCGGAAAAUGUUUUGUCUGAUGACAGCUUUCCUGAGUCCGUUUUGUCGGACAAUGUUUUGUCUGAUGACGGUUUUCCUGAGUCUCUUUUUUUCUGAUGACGUUUGAGUCCAUUUCAUCUGAUGGCGGUUUCCCUCAGCAUGUUUUGUCUGACGAAGUUUGUCCUGAGACGUUGUUUUCUGGCUGUUGAGUCAGACGCCUGAUGGAUUUUGGAAUGGCCUCCGAUGUGCUUUUCUUUAUGGCAUGUUGUCUGAUGCCACUUGAUCUCAUGUCAGAAGAGGUUUUCCUGAGACCAGAGGACGUCCCUAAAAUUGCACCAUAAACCAAGUUUUUCAAGACUGCUGCAGUUAUGGGUAACAACUAAUACUGAUCAUGUUCACUAUUAGUUCUUUAGGCGCUUAGCCGUAGUCUCAGGUGUUUGGAGCAGAGCAAAGUCUUAAAUGCGUUUGUUUCAAUGAUGUUUUAGUGAGAUUUCUUUAGAUGGGUUUUGUCUGUAAAAGUAAGUGUUUCCAGGUGUGUUUGAAAACUUUGGCAGAGUGAGAAAAGUUCAGCAGAUGCUUUAAACCUCGCGUGAAAAAGAAUAAAACUCAGAUUGGUGAGUUUAAUGGAGCGAGUGUCGCCUUUAAGAAGGAUUAAGACUCGCCAAAGGAUUUCAGAACAGGAACGCCCUUGUUAUGUUUCAAUAUAUGCACUUCAGAUCAGCUCAGAAAAUUCUAGUUCAUGCCUUAAAUUAAUUACCUGUCAGGUAACGUGUUUUGUGUCUCGGCACCAAAUCAUCAGCUGUUUUAAAUGAAGCUUUUUUUCCCGUGGAUAUUUUCACUGCAUAUUAGCAAUUAGAUGUUUUACUUAUAAAAUGGGAAAAAAGUCCAUGUUUAAUGUUCAUAAAAAUGGUGUGUUGUCCUAAGUUAUGUAAGCUAACAUGAUUUUUUAUUUUUGUUUUUUGCUUUCUCUAAUUAUUGGAUUUUAUUGUGUGUUGGUGUGAAUGUUUUUAUAUUUAUUUGGAAGAAAAAAGGGUUGAAUUGAAAAAGGUACAAGCAAAUGUUUUCCUUUAGUAAUUCAGUGAGGGGAAGAUUUUAUUUUAAAAAAACUUAAAUAUUAAUUGGUCAAAUUUUCUUUCAGUUAUGGUUUUUUGUAUAAUAGAUGCUGCUUUUAGUGCAUUUAUAUAUAUAUAUAUAUUUUAUAUUUACCCCUUCCAAGACCGUACUGUUAAUUUUCUCUUAACCCUUUUUCUCGACUAAUGAAACCAAAAUGAAAAGGAGUUCACCGUUUAAGUCAUUUUAAAAUGUCUAAAUAAAUGUAUUCCUUAAACUUUGAUUAGCAAUUGUUUUGAGCAGAUCAAAGGUUUUCAGAACGUGUCCUCAAAUGCAUAUGAAAGAGUAAAAAAAAAGCUUUGUUUUGUUUAAAACUCUGGAAUUUUCCCCAUUUUCUAUAAGCAAAAACAAGUUUUAAAGCUUCCAACUAACUGAACUUGUUUGCUUUAAUGCGUCUUCACCCUGCAUCUGUUGUCUCCUACUGCCUUAAGCUCAAACUGUUGAUGCUUUUGUAAAUUUGUAAUGUCUUGUCCUGUUUUUGGUCCCUGCAGGACUAACUCAGUGCCUUGUUGAGGUAAAAUUCACAUUCAAACUUUUUUGCAGUGAAGGAUUCAUUGGUCUUUUUUUGGGAGGGGGGCUCAUUAAGGAAGUUUGCACCUUUUUUGUUUAAAAGAAAAAAGCAACUUACGUAAUCUGUGCUUAAUAUCCGACAAAGUGAUAUUCUCUGAAAUUCUGCAUUAGGGCUGUGUUUGAUCCAACCUCUAUAACACUAUAUUUUCAUCAUUUAUUUUUUUUCCCCAAUGAAAUUAAUUUUCCAAUAAAUACAAACAGACUCUUGGCCAGUCCCAGUGCCGUGCGUCGUUUCAUUAGAGAAUUAAGAAAUAAGAUGUUAAAACUCAGUCCUUUUUUUCCCCUCCAUAAUAAAAAGUCUGUUACCCGUUUGUAUCAAAGUGUCUUGUCAAUGCAUUCGACAUAAAUAAAAGUUAUCUAUUUUGAUUUGA